CCGUGAAACACAGGGGGGAAAUCGCAGGAAAAGGAAAGGAAACCCUGCCACGCAAACAUUCUAUUUCGCCUGAUUCUAGCGGCCAUCGCCCAUCGGCGUUUUCCCAUCUUCUUAACUGUUUCCCUGAGCUAAGCGAAGAUUGAUAAGUUUUUUUUGGACAAUUCCAUCAGCAGCGUGAGGUAGACUAAUAUACAAUUUCCUCUCCAUUAAUUGUCACUUUGCCCACCAAUUCCAUUCUAUUCAUUUGAUAGUUGAGAUUACGUGUUCUUUUGCCAUUACAAGAUUUUAGUGGCAGAUAUAUACAUCCAAGAUUCACAGUUUUUGAUUGAAUUCUUAACCGGUAUGCAGAAUUUGUUUUUCUGCUAGGUUCUAAUGUAUACCAAAAGCAGAACCUUUGGUGUUCAUAGUAGCUGUCAAUUAUGUUUGGGAAUUGAUAAUAGCCUUCGUACUCAUUUACAAAAAGCUUACUUGGGUUGCUUUUCUAGAUUAGCCUCUCAAAAAGCUUAUUACUUUACGUUAUACAUUCGAAUAGCUAAAAAGAAUUGCUGUUAGCAAACCUAUUUGCAUAACCUGCGUUGCUAAUUAAAGAGCUAACUUCACUCAACUAGUGCAAAGCAACAUAACAUUUGAGUUUACUAUGUUUGGCUGAUGAUAAAGUUAAAUUAGUUUCGAUAACUGAAUAAUAUUUGUUUAGGAACUGAAGUACUCCGUAAUAAUUUAUUAAACCGCAAAAUAUGAAUCUAAAUAUGAUAACAGCUUGAUGUGAAUCAGAAAAGGAGCUUCGUUGUCCGAACGAAUAGUGAAAGUAAAGAUCGUUUUGGUACGAAUAGGAGUAACAGCUCAUGCAAACAUCUAAUUGCCAAAGAGGAAUAGCAGACAACUAUAUCAAAGUUAGCAGCUCGAGUAGUUUAUGAACCUAUAGAUUCCAUUGACAAAUCUUGCUUCAUGGCUCAUUCGAAAGAGAGUACUCAGUACCGAGGUUACAAGAGAAAGUCCAAAGUACCAUCUGAUCUGGCUAGAAUAAGCGAUGCCAUAACCCAAAAAUCUUGCCCAAUAUGUCUCUGUGAAAUCAAGCCAAGACGAGUGGCGUCACUUCCCCUGUGCAGACAUGUUUUUUGUGUGGAUUGCAUCUGCAGGUGGAGUGGUUACAAGCGUGUGUGUCCACUUUGCAAAGCCGAGUUUGGCUCUUCACUCUUCAUAAUUGACCUCUCCUCUCAGACCCUUGUGAAGGAGGUACUCAAAGCACCACUGGAUUAUAGACCUCCUACAGUAGGUUUUUCAGCACCCCAGAGAAAUGCUUUGGCAGAAUUGAGGUUGAUAAGAAGAAGAGCAGAACAAAAUUCUCAAUACUCAAGAACGAGGGAAUUUCCUAGGAGGAGGUCCUUUGGGACUCCAGAAGGUUUAAACCCUGGUGUCAUUAGGGAGAUAAAACUUCAGUGGCGGGCAAGCAUAUAUGAAAGGAAACUGCAGGCUGUUCCUUUCGCAUCUAAAAACCGUGUUUUAGAGAAAAUGGAGUACAAUAGUAGUGUAAAGUCAAUGGUAAUACAAAGAGUGGAACCUUGGAUACAUAGGGAGCUGGAAGCUAUACUUAAGGACCCCAAUCCAUCUAUAAUUGUACAUGUCGUCACCUCAGUGCUUGUCUCCACAAAUGAAAGAGGGACAAUAGUUUCUUCUGGAGAGCCUGGUACAAGGGAUGAAUUUCUUGCUCCUCUCAGGCCUUUCUUGCAUGAAAAAACAGAACAUUUUUGGCAUGAGCUUAGAUGUUUUGCUCAGAGCUGUUUCUCCAUUGAGACAUAUGAUAGUGUGGUGGAGUACAGAUCAAACCGAACCUAGAGAAAAAUGAUUGUAUAUUAGAGUAGUCCCCCCUUAAGAGUCCAUGGAUUUCUUGAAAUGUCUCAUCCUUUUGUAUUUUGUAUAUCGUCUGCAAUUAGUUCCACAAGCUGAUGAGUCGAACAAGCCAGAAAGGGAACAUGUAUUGCAUUAUUGGUGGGUAUAUUAUCUGCUGUUAUUUCUGCCUUA